AAGCGCGGCGGGUCCGCAGCCGUUGGGUCUUAUGUCGCGCCGGGCCCUCCGGAGGCUGCGGGGAGAACAGCGGGGCCAGGAGCCCCUGGAACCCGGGGCCCUGCGCCUAGGCCUCGAGGAUCGCAAUGACGGCGGCGAGGAGGACGACGAGGAAGUGGGGCAGGUCUCGAGCGACCCUCGCCGGAGGAGAGGAAGGAGGGAGCGCAGCGCCAUUAGCAACUUGUACGAGCUGAUAACCAGUGAAGAACCUGAGGAUGAACUUUUAUCCAAAGCAAGGGGAGAAGAUUACAGACUGAAGGUACAAGAGGGCGCAGAGAAUAACGAUGACAUUAAAAAUGGAGAACUAGAGGUCAACCAAGAAAGAGGUGGAGAAGGUGUUUCACGUGAAAACCUGGCAUCAACUAGUUCACAGCCUAAUCUGAACAACAAGCCACGGAAGAAAAAGAAGAAGAAGAAAAAUAAGAAAACCACAAUAGGAGAAACUCCGGAAGAUGAUGGUCUGGAAGAUAUUGACAGCAUUUUAGAGAAAAUUGAAGUUACCAAUGGUCUCUCAAAUCAGACUCAUAGCAGUGUCAUCAUGGAGAGUCGGCCUCUUCUUUAUGUCGAACACAGACACUUGAAUCCAGAGACAGAGUUGAAAAGAUAUUUUGGAGCUCGAGCUGUCCUUGGAGAUCAGAGACCUCGGCAGAGACAGCGUCAGUACCACCGCAGCACCUGGCUGACCACUCCAAAGAGCACCUGGCCCCGCUAUAGCAAAACAGGUAUUACAAUGCGAGUGCUGGAAUCAAAAAGGGGAGUUCAGCACUUCACAUUUGAACACCACCGAGAGUACCAGCAGGUGCAGUUCCAGUUCCUAAAUGCAGUGGAGUCCAUGGACCCAAAUAAUAUUGUGCUGCUGCUGCAGGGAAACCCUUAUCACAUAGACUCGCUACUACAGCUCAGUGAUGUAUGUCGACUCCAGGAGGAUCAGGAGAUGGCUCGUGAUCUUAUAGAGAGAGCUUUGUACAGUUUGGAAUGCGCAUUUCACCCUUUGUUUAGUCUCACCAGUGGAACCUGCAGACUAGAUUAUCGAAGAACUGAGAACAGAGCUUUCUACCUGGUUCUCUUCAAGCACAUGAUGUUCCUAGAGAGGAGAGGCUGUCCCCGAACAGCCCUGGAAUUCUGCAAACUUAUACUAAGCCUCGAUCCAGACAAUGACCCCCUCUGCUUGUUGCUGAUUAUUGAUUUGCUGGCUUUACGAGCCAGGGAUUAUGGGUUCCUAAUACGAAUGUUCCAGGAAUGGGAGAGUCAUCGAAACUUAUCCCAGCUCCCAAAUUUUGCUUUCUCUGUUCCACUGGCACAUUUUCUUCUCAGUCAGCAAGAUGAUCUCCCAGAGGUUGAACUGAGUUCUGCAAGGGAGAAUGCCUCUCGCCUAAUCCAGCAGGCACUCAUCAUGUUCCCUGGCGUUCUCAUGCCCCUGCUGGAUCGCUGCAGUGUGCGCCCAGAUGCCGCCGUUUUAGCUCACCCUUUCUUUGGACUCAGUACUCAGAUAAGCCAACCUCCUGCCUUGGCCCAGCUGGUUGCCCUCUACAUUGGGAGGACAUACUCUCUCUGGAAGGAUUCUACCAUCAUGGCUUGGCUAGAAACAAACGUCAGAGAAGUGCUGCAGACAGUAGAUGCUGGUGAACCCAUAGUGGAAGAAUCUGAAAGAAGGCGGAAGGUCCGGUACCAGAGUGCCCCCAGAAAUAUCUAUCGCCAUGUGAUCCUUUCUGAGAUGAAGGAGGCCACCGCAGCCCUGCCUCUGGAAGUGACAUCCCAGCCUGUGAUGGGGUUUGACCCUCUGCCUCCCCUGGAUUCCAUCACUUCCUACACCAGACCUCGAAGGGCAAACCGUUACUCCAAUGAAAGCACAUUAUCUCUCUUCUUUCGAUCAUUGUUGCCAAAUUUUACCUUUCAGGGAGAAGAAACACCGGAUGAAAUAGACCCGGUUGGUGCAGAAGAGGACCUCGACCAGGGCUUGAACAGGCUGAUGGCAGCCAUGCGAGACCUCCUGGCCAACAUCCAGUUCCAGGACCCUCCGACAGAAGAUAACCCUGAUGGGAAUGGAGAUGAGGAUGAAGACGAGGAUGAAGACUGGGACUGAGACUAGAGCAUCCAGAAUCCCAGUGAUAUGCUGUAUAAUUAUGUUCAUGAUUUUUUCGAUUGAAAUUUAAUAGUUCCCUAAAGUAAAAAAGUAAGUGCUUAAUUUAUAAAGUCAUUUGCCUCUUUCUUCUACAGUUUUGUAAGGGCUCCUCCUUAGUAUGUCUUAUACAAGGCAGGGCAUCAAAGUUCUCUGAAGUGUGCUCAGCCAGCAAAGCAAUGAUUACUAGCGACUGAGGACUUUUCAUCUGUUGACUCCAUCACUUUCUUUCAUAAGACCCUGUUUGGGAUCAUAGCCCACACAGGGUUAAUGUGGAGUCCAUGCCCAAGAUAAGUCUGGAGCUAGGGAUAGAGGAGAGUUAGGGAAGGAAGGAGCAAAGCUAGGGACUGAUAGAGCCCCAGCUGCCUUUGACGGGCUCCCAUCGACCACGCUCUCUGGACAGCCUGGCCGGCCUUGGGUCAGGGGGCGUCUGUGGGGCUGUGCGGACCACAGCCAAAUACUGGUUUUGUCUCAUUUUCAGCUGCUCCUUGGAACACUUGAGAGAAUUUUGUUAUGAAUGAAGCCACUUUUUUUAGGGGAGGAGCACCUGGAGUGGGAAGGGUAGAAGUCCUGGUUCUGCCACUGUGACUUACCUUACCUCUCUGGCCUCAGUCUUUUCAUCUGUAAAGUAGGAACAAUAAUGUUUGCACUAAAAAUCCCAUCGUAGAAUUGUUAGGAAACCACUUUGUAAAUGUGAGAUGCUGAAAAAUUGGAAGAAAUCGCGGACAUUAUCAUUAUCUAAAAGGACAGUUGAGAGGCUGUCAGUAAUUACAAGCUCAUAAGCCUACAUUCUCAUCUCUACACUUCACCUCUAAUUUUCAGGUUAAUUUGCAUGUCAGAUGAAGAUAGACAAGAACAGGUAGACUUUGCCAAAUGGUACUCUACAGCAGAGUACGUCUUUAUAGUCUCUCAUGUGACUAAAAGAUGGAGAAUAGAGGAUUCCACCAUAUUUGUUUGUUGACUAUAAAAAAGUAAUUGAUUUAGCAGAGCAAAAUGCAAUUUUUAAAGGCUCUCUUUCAACAAGACAUCUUCAGAACAUGUGUUAAGAUCCCAGAAUUGGAGUGUGGAAAGGACGUCAGCAGCCAGCUAAACCAGCCGAUAGCUGGAAAAGCGUGUCCUCUGCAGCGUUCCUGACAGUGGCCGUCCAUCCAGCCUUUGCUCGAAGACUUCGGGGGAUCCAGCGCACUCCUUCCUAAGGCAGCCACGUGCUGCUUGUGAACAGCUCCAGUCACUGGUUAGCCUAAAUUGGCAACUCCCUCCUGUUACUUCCAAUUCCUUCCUUGGGGUCCAAGUAGAAUAAGUCUAAUCCCUCUUCAGUGUGACAGCUCCUUCACGUCAAGACAGCUCUUCAGUCUUAGCUUUUUCUAGUUCCUUUAGCUCGUCCUCAUGUCAUGAGCUCAAGGCACUUCAUCACCUUGGCUGCCCUCCCUGGGACACCGUCCAGCCUUUAGCAACGUCUUUCCUAACUUGUGGUGCCCACAGUAAUGAUGAUAAGAAUUAUAACUAGCAUUUAGGUAGUGCUUUACAGUUGCAAAGCUCUAUUUGUAUAUACAAUCUCAUUUGAACCUCACAACCAGCAAGGUGCUUUUAUUAUCCCCAUUUUGUAAACUGGGAACUGAGGCAGACAGGUUAAGUGGCUCACCCAGGAUCACAUCCUAGAAAAGUGAACAUAAUACUCCAGCUAUAGCUUCCAGGGCAGAGUACAGCAGGUCUACCACUUCCUUGUUCAUCCCUAGACCCUGGGCCUUUUUUACUAUAGCCUAAGAUUGUAUUCAUUUUCUUGGCUUCCCUGUUACACUGUUCACUGACAUUGAUUUGAGAUCCACUAAAACAUAUCUUUUUCAGAAAGACUGAGUCUAGCCAUGAUUCCUUCCAACAUCUUGAUUUUUAAAACCAAUUCUAAGACUUCUCAUUUAUUUCUAUUAGAUAUCAUUUUUUUUGUUCCAGCCCGAUGUUCUUGUCUGCCAAAAGCUCUCUGACUCCUGACUCAAUUUUCCAUUGUGCUGCCCCUCCCUCCCAACUUUGCGUCAUCUGCAAAUUUGAUAAGUAUGCGUUCUCUGCUUCUUUGUCCAAGUCAUUGUUGAGGAUGCUAAAUAGCACAGGGCCGAACACGGGUGUCUGAGGCAUCUCCUUCCAAGCUGUAAAGAAGCCUUCAAUGACAAUUCUUUAGGUUCAACCAUUCAACCGAUUCCAAGUACAUCUAACAGUAUUAUUAUCUUGCAUCUUUUCCACAAGAAUAACAAGGACAGUUUGUUAAAUGCUUUGCUGAAUUGAAGCAUAAUAUAUUUACAGCAUCAGUCUUCGAGUUUUAGUAACACUGCCAACAAAGAAAAUCAGUUUGGGCAUUGGGACCUGUUCUUCUAUGAAGCCAUACUGGCUGUUGGUGAAGAGAGUUUCUUCUAGACAUUUCCUCCUCAUCCCAUCGCUAUCAAGGGAGAAAGUGUAUGUGUAGCACAUUGAAAACUCUAAAAUAAAAACUCUUACCAAAUUGCCCUUACUAUUGCCUCCACAAAGGAGGUAUUAAUGGACUGCUCCAUUCCUCCACUUGGUAUUUUUGUGAUUUUCCAGAUUAUAGCACCCUUUCCCUGGUUCCCACUCUAUAUAAUAUUGUCUCUCCCUCUAGAAUGUAAGCUUCUUGAGAGUUGGAACUGCCUUUUGUACCUGGCACUUAGUAAACACUUAAGAAGUGCUUUUUAUUUAUUCAUAAAUCAUGACUAUUAACAACAAUUUUGUCAGAAAUUCAGUUGAAUUUCCUGGCCUGUAGUUUGCAGACUCCAUUCUUUUCUGUCUCUCUUUUUUUUUUUUUCAAAUUGAGACAACAUUUGGCCUUCUUCAGUUCUGAGGUACCUUUCUCAUUCUCCACAGUCUUUGAAAGAUCACAGACAAUGAGUAAUGGCAUCUGCCAGUUCAUUCAGUGCCUGAGAAGGCAAUUCAUUUGGGCCAGAUAAAAAAUGGAAGGGAUUCUAUGUUGAUAUAGUUCCUCCAGAUGUACCCAGUGGCUGACUGAUGCAAGUCCCCUUGAAACUGCAGAGCCUCCUGAAUGAGAUCCAAAAAUGUCUCAAAUGUUUGACCUAACUA